GACAGGCAGCAAAGAUGCAUGUCAUCAAGGAUCAAGCCAGUUCAAGCGUCUCGCUUUCUUUGGCUCGUCACGAAUCCGGUGCUGCAGCCAGGAUGGUGGACGAUGCUUCUUUGUCCUUGGGAAUGCUGUUCCUUCAUGGCGCAGGGUAGAUGCUUCAAUGGUGUUCUGUAAUUUUUCAAUUUUGCUGCUGGUCAGCAUAUGUUUGUAUGGCGGAGGCCACGUGGUGGGCAUAAAUACUGAUGAUGAGCGACAUUCGGUGAAUACUGUUGAAUCCGCUACUUCGACAGUUGCCGGAGAAUUCCAUCACCCUGCGGCUAGCGAUAGUCCUCACAUAGACAAUGAUGAGAUUCGAUAUCAAAUCCCGAAGCCGAUUGCACCCACACCCACUCCAACAGUGCAGCCACUACGGCCUCCUCCGGAUUACAGCAGUGCCGACCAUACAGGACUUGGUGAAGUCGAUCAGGACCAUCAGGUGGUUGACGAAGUCGAUCAGCCGGCUGUCGAGGAGCACCAAUAUUCUGACUCUGCACAUCACCCAGACUCCACGUGUCCCAAAUUAAAUGAAAAUAAUAAAUCUGAUCUUGAACCACCACCAGCGCCACCAGAGCCCGUUGACAUCGAGCACGACAGCCCCGAACCAGCAGCUGUUGUCAAUCCGGAUGCAGCGAAUGACUCAUCAUCUGAAAUUACACCGGAUUCACCAAUAGCUGAUCCAGAACCAUCUGAGCUGGCCAUAGUUGUGGGUAUGGGAGAUGGCGCAGAUGAACAGGGAGAGAAUCAAACAGUAGAUGUGCACCAAGAUCCCACAUCUGCUUCAGAGGAUGAGCUGCUGUCGUUCGAGGAAUGGAAGCGGAAAAAAGAAGAAGACAUUGCCAAGAAUGGUCAAGAUGAUAGCCCAUCCACCCCAUCCGACUCAUCCAGUGAGAAGAUAUCUGCCAAUGACAAGUCGGCCAAGCUGGUCAGCACACAGCAGAACUUUGCGAAUGUUGAUUGUGGCGCCAAAGUUGUCAGUGCUAAUCCCGAGGCGCAGAACUGGAAAGCCAUACUGGACACCAAUCGUGAUGUGUAUCUUCUGAAUCCUUGCAGUGCCAGAAUCUGGUUUGUUGUGGAACUCUGUGAUGAUGUCCUUCUUCAAUCAGUUGAAAUGGCCAACUUUGAAAUGUUUUCCUCCUCACCCAAACGGUUCACCAUCAGCACCACAAACAGGUUUCCAAGUCGCGACUGGGCCACUCUUGGGGAAUUUGAGGCAAAUGAUACCCGGGAUAUUCAAGUCUUCGAGUUGCCCAAGCACGUCUAUGCCAAGUACCUCAAAAUUGAAGUAUUAUCCCAUCAUGGUGUGGAGCACUACUGUCCAAUCAGCUCAAUGCGUGUCAUGGCAACCAGCAUGGUGCAAGAAUACGAGCUUGUCGAGGAGAUUGAAAAAGAGCCAGCAUCUCUCACCGAUGAGGUCCUGACGGAUGAUUCUCAGCUACAGGAAGCCGAGGUUGAUAUUGUUCAUCGGGCAAAACAUGCUGUUUUGAACAUGCUAUCAAGCUUCUUGCCCGAUGCUGGCAAUGAGACCGAAGGGGAGAAGACAGGAAGUGAGAACGACACGGAAAAUUCAACCGAGCCGGUGGUCUCCCUUCCACCUAAUCUAGAGACCGUGACAGUUACUGACUCCGAGGACGUGGCUCUCAAGCCUCAGACCUCUUCAGAUCAAGACGGACCAGGACCAGCACCGACUGAUAUACCAACUGAAGCACCUGCAGCAACGACCUCGAAUUCGCCCCAGCCGGAUGUGCCUGCUGUCCAGACCACUUCAAUGAAUGAGAUCAUUGCUCCGACUGCCAGCACUCCAACGCCUACAAGUGUCCAGCCAGACCUCAUCAGCAGUGUUUCUUUGCAUUCCACCGUGGCUGUGGAUACGAGUGAUACAGCAACGCAAUCGUCUAGUCAGCUUGCUACUGUCACUGCCAAUGAGCUGCCAGUAUCGGUCACCCCAUCACCUGCUUUGUCACCGCCGACCGUUGCCUCUGACUCCGAGAUAGCGCUGACAGUGUCCACUGCACACUCUGAUACGUCAAUGUGUGAACCCACCAGCCCAGCCAGUAAUCAGAUUGAUAGCGCUGGCACUGACACCGUGUUGUCCACGCCGGUCAUCUCCAGUCUUGAUGUUCACCCUGUGGUGGAUUCAGUCCCUAUUUCGGAAGAUGCUGCUGUAUCAACAACCGUCCAGGAAUCAGCUACCGGUACUCCUGCUGUACAUGUUCCUGUCUUGCCUUCUUCUGUGCUUGCUGAUGAUGUACCAGUGUCGGCGACAGUGGCUGAUUCCAGCAGCACGCAAACCGUAGCUGCUGCCAAUGAUACAGACAUGGACUUGGCAGGCAAGGCGAAUAUCUCAGAAUCUAGUGUUGAAACCAGCAACACUACAGACUUGCCAGCAUCCAAUGAUUCACUGCCCGCUAUUGGCAACGGCUCGAAUAAAUCCAUGGACGAUGCUUCCCAGAGCCAUUCAACGCCGCCAAAGGAGUCCGUUUUCAUUCGUCUGAACAACCGCAUCAAAUCUCUGGACAGCAGGCUGGAUGCCAAUGUUACCCUCAUUCAGCAUUAUUUGGAUGAGCUCAGUGCAAGUUUCAAUCGUUUCAAGAAGAACAUGAGCGAGGUAAUGCGCCACAAUGAUGCGCAUCUACAACGUCUAAACGAGUCACUGAUAUUUACUCAGCAGGAGCUUGUACAAGCGGUGACGGCCAACCGAAAUGUUGAAAGCAACGUUGCCAACCUGACGACAACUGUUUUAGCUCUGACGGAAGAGUUGCUGCACCUUCAUGACCAGACGCUCUCUCAUCUGUCAACGUUUGUGGCGGCGAGUGUUACCAUUAUUGGUCUUCUUGUUCUCGCCUUCCUUGCUGUCGUUGGCCAUCGGUUGGCUGUGGCCUGUGACCGGCAGCAGAAGACAAUGGAUCUAAUGAUCAAGGCCAUCAGGCAGACUGGGUACGCAGUCCCCAUGGCCGAACAUCCUCUAUCUAAUGGUGGAGUGAGGAAACCCCUGUCUACUGACUCAUCUCCUACUGCUGAGAAAGGCAGAGCAUUCAGGCCUGUGGCAUCAUAUCCUGACUUGCCUUCAGCGGCCGCCGCUGCUGCUGCGUCUGAUGAGCUAGACAGCGGCAAUUGGAUCGCGGUGACGGCAAAGUCGCGCAGCACUUUCCCCAGAUCAUCUUCUAAUCCGCACCAUGCAGCUCUUACUCGGCAUAACAGCUCGCCUCUCACCACGGCCAGCUCACGGAGCCGUCAAGGCAAGCGCACCUCGCCUAAGCUUUGAGUUAUCUAUUACCUAUUAGCACUGCUCACGGUCUUAUAUCUCGACUACACAUCCUUGCGAAGCGUCUAUUUUUAAGCAAAUUAUCCGUUCACCAUUCGCUUGAGAUCGGCUUGAUAUUUGUAUAUUAUUAUUAUGAUUAUUGCAGCAGUUGACUACCUUGACACACUUUUGGUUAUACUUCCAAUCUCAUACUUGUCCUAGCACCGUCUACCUUGACACACUUUUGGUUAUACUUCCAAUCUCAUAAUUGUCCUAGCACCGUCUACACGGGGAAGUACCCCUUGCUACGAGCAGUCUAGAACAUCGCACAAUUUUUUUCACACAAAAACCAUAUUAAACUGCACUUAUUUCACUGUUCCAAUCAGCUUUUUACCAGUUUUUAUAGCUCUUUUCAAUCUCAUCUAGGCCCUUCGUUUUCUACUUCGUUUUUAAAUAUUAGGUUUUCUUCGUCUUAUCUCAAAUCCAGCAGCUCAGCGUUGCAUUUUUUCCCUUGAUUUUCGUCUCAGUUGAGGUCGGUCCACCGUAAUCUGUGUAGUCAGCUGCUGUGUGUUUGAUUGUUUGAGCAUAGGCAUUCUCUCAUGAACAGAUCUGAAUGGUCCACUUGUAA